AUGCUUCACGAAUUACUAUUAGCAUUAUCAGGGUACUCUGGUGAUUUGUUUGUUCAAUAUCCAUCAGGUUCUGAACAACCAGAAACUUUCAAAAUUCCACCAGACUUUCCUUUUCUACAUGAUGCUGAGAGAUCUUCAUUGGAAAGACUUGCCGAAUUAGGGUUUUAUUAUCAUAAAAUCUUAGAUUUCUUGGAUCAACAAAGGAACAAAUGUCUCGUCAUGUCCAAUGACAACAGUAACAAUAGCAACAAUAAUUCAAAAGGAUUAUUUAUACAGGCUUUAUGUAACUCUAUAAAUGAUAUAUUAAAAGAUUUUCAAAAAAUUAUAAUUGAAUCGGAAAUGGGAAUUUUAAACAAAGAGGCUAACAUGUGUGGAAUUGUUCCAAUUUCUCAAAUAGUAUCGGCAUUUGGUGAUUAUUUUAUAAUUUUACCAAAUUUAUAUCAGCUGGUUAAUGAGUUAAAAGAAGACUCAGACAAUAAUAAAUAUUUUGGUUGUCGAAUAUUAAAUUUAAUGAAAGAAAAAUGUAAUAGUGGAAUCCCUGAAUUGAGAUCAAUUAUGCUGAUAUUGUUACAAACCUGUCAUAAGGUUAUGUAUCAGCAUAUCACAUCUUGGAUUGUUUACGGACAUUUGCAAGAUCCUUAUGGUGAAUUUUUUGUCAAAGAUUUAACCACUAAAUCUCACAAAAAAAUAGACAACAAUGACAAAGAUAACAACAAUCAUCAAUUCAUUCAAUCAAGUUGGCAUCGAAGAUUUGUUCUUGAUGAGUCAUUUAUUCCGAAUCACAUUUCAAUUGAUAUUGCUAAAUCAAUAUUAUUUGUAGGGAAAGCAAUUGCAACGGUAAAAAAUUCUGGUAAAUCAUCAUCACUGUCAUCAUCGUCAUACAAUUCAAAUAGUGCUUUACCACAAGAAAUUAGGUCAUUGCAUCUGAACUAUUUGUUGGAACUUUCGUCACAACCUAUAUUUCAUAAAAGUGAAUUUGAAAGCACGAUCUUGACAAUUCGUCACAAUGUUGCAAAAUGGUUAUGGCAAGUUGUUUUAACAGGUGAAAAGGUUAUAGAUUGUCUUGAAACAUUUAGAAAUUAUUUUUUACUUGGUAAAGGAAAUUUUGCUUUAUCGUUGGUUGAACAACUUGAAUACAAUAUUGAUUGGCCAUUAGAUUUAUUUGUUACAUCAGAAGAUUUGAGCAAGUAUGGUGACAUCUUUUCAUUCUUAAUAUCAAUAAGACGGACCCAGUUAAAACUUCAACGAGCAUGGAUUCAUCUUUCAUUUAAUGAAAAAUAUUUUAAAGAAGAAGAUGCUAAUACAAAACAAGGUGACAACAAAAAAUAUAUAAAAAAAAAUCAUAACGAUAAUAAUAAACUGUUACCGUGGAAAAUUCGUUCUAUGAUGAUGUUUUUUGUUGAUUGUUUAUGGGAACAUAUGCAGAUGGAUAUUAUAGAUUCAAAUUUUUACAAAUUAGUUCAACGUAUAACGAUUUCAUCUGCUCACCAUCAACAACAUAAUAAUAAUAGCACAAACACAAAUGCAAAUACAUCAAAAAAACCAGUAGCAGAUAAUAUGAAUAAAAACUAUUCUGAAAUGGAAGAAACACUUCGAGAUUUUGAAGAUAUUCGUUUGGGACAUGCUUCAUAUCUUAAUAAUUUAUUACGUGGAUGUUUACUAGAAUUUAAAGUAUGUUCAGAAACUAUAAAAUCGUCAUUAAAGAUUUGUGAACAAUUUUGUACAAUAUUAGAAAGAUGGAAUGUUGUUAAUAAUUCCGAUAUUAAAGAUGAUAAUAAUAAUAAAAUUGAAAUGAUUAUAAAAUUAGAAAAUGACUUCCGUGAACAAAUAUCAUUUUUGUUUCGAACUUUAUCUGAAGUUAAUAAAACUGGCGAGGGAUUUGAUGGUCCACCAAGACAUCUUGAUCAAUUUUUAUUACGUUUAGAUUUUAGUAAAUGGUUUUCUGCAUGGUAG